AAAGAAAUUGUAAAAAUUCUUUUAGUAGGGCAAAGCAAAGCACAAGAGCACUUGCACAGUUGCACUCAAAGAUCAAAAGCACUUAAUAAAGGGAGGCAAUAAAAGAAAGUCUAAAAAUGGUUCAUGAACCAGUGCUCUUUAAUCUGAGCCCUCAACUAUGUGGGUCUAAAUCAAUGAAAGGUCUAUUUACCAUUGAUCUUUACUACUUCUAGUUGCGAUUUUUGAUCAACUAGAAAAGAUCAGAUUACUGGUAAAUUGAUUUAUAUCUUAGGUUUAGCCCCACAUAAUGGGCAGUCACUAUCAAAAAUCAUAAAUUCAUCAUAAAUAUCAGCUGAGACUUUCUCUUCUCUCUCUGUCAACUUUGCAUGCAUAUAAUAUUGCUAAUAAAUUGGCUAUAUAAAGCCUUUCAUUUCUGUAAACCUACUGAAUUGGUGAUGGGUUUUCUGAUAUAAUUCUGCACUUUCUAUCUCUUUUCUAUCACUUUUCCAUCUCUUUUUUAUCUCUGCUGCAUAACCAAAAAAAACCCUAGAAACUCUCUCUUCUUUCAGCUGCCUCCAUACCUCUGUUGCUUAAUCUUCUCUCCCAUUCCUUCUCCAUCCCUCUCUCUCUCUCUCUUUCUACACACAUACACACAGAGAUUUUCUGUUCUUUUCCUGAAAUCUUGGGUGAUCACUACUUUUCGAAAUAAUGGAUGUUGACAUGAUAAAAUCAUCAUCGUCAGGAGGAGAUCAUCAUCAAGAACAUAUUGACAUGAUGACAAUGAUGAUGCAGAUGGAAAAACUUCCUGAUUUUUGUGACCCUUUUCACAAUAAUUCUUCUUCUUCUUCUUCUUCACUUCAGGAAAUUCAAUUCUCCAAUGGACAUAAUAGCAAUAAUAAUAAUACCAUUCUACCCAACUCACCUCCUAUCUAUCAUCAUUCUCCCACACUUAUCAAUCCACCUCCUUCAAUUUCAUUUAUGGCCACUACUCCAAUUCAAGGACCAAACACCAUGACUACGGGUUCUCUACAUCAGCAACUCCAACACAACAUGUUCUCUUCAAAAUUCAAGUAUCCACCUCCAUUCUCAAAUGCAAACUCGUUCUUAUCUUCAAUGGAGAAGAAAAACUCUACUGCUGCUAUUAGAGAGAUGAUCUUCCGCAUUGCUGCAAUGCAACCAAUUCAUAUAGACCCAGAGUCAAUAAAGCCACCAAAAAGAAGGAAUGUCAAGAUAUCUAAAGAUCCACAAAGUGUAGCUGCAAGGCAUAGAAGAGAAAGAAUAAGUGAAAGGAUAAGGAUCCUUCAAAGAUUAGUUCCAGGAGGAACUAAAAUGGACACUGCUUCAAUGUUAGAUGAGGCCAUACAUUAUGUGAAAUUCUUGAAGAAACAAGUGCAAUCAUUAGAACAAGCUGGUGCUAAUAGAUCAAUGGGUGCAGGUUUUCCAUUCUCAGGAUUGACAAUGCCUAACAUGGGUUACUCUUCUUUGUUGAAGAAUUGUCAGCCUGCUCAUCCAAAUAUGGUUAGCUCAAUGCAGAUGCUUAGAUGAUCAGACUUAAAGAAAAAUUAAGAUUAAUUAUAUGAGUGUAUUUGUGGACGAGCAUUAGUAGUGGUUUUCUGAAGCUAUGUUGUAAAUUAAUUAAUUAAGGUUUAGUUGUUAUCUUUGUUUUAUUAUGUUGUGUAAUUGUGUCUCAGAAGGAUUAUUCUAAUUAAUAUAAUGUAAGCCCUUGCUCAAA